GGUGCUGCCCCCGCCUCCCACCUCCCCGCGCCCCACCCCGAGGCUGGGGCUUCGGAGGAAGCAGCUGGAAAACCUUUGGUAACUAACUGAGAAAAUGCAGAAGAUCUUGCAAACAGAGGAAAUUACCAAUACCCAAGCUCUUAGAAAAGGAAAGAGGAAAAGGACGGAGACGAUGGACUCAGAGAAUGCGAACAGUGACCUGGAUAAAGGGCAGAGAGACCCAUAUUCGGGAAAUGCCUUUCUGCCCGGUGAGAGCUCCAGUGAGGAUGAAGAGCCUCUAGCAGAAUUGUCGAAGGAGGAAUUGUGCACAAAAAUAAGAGGCCUGAAACAAAAACUAACAAACAUCCGGAAAGAAAACAGCCGCCUUCGUCAGUCUUUGGUCAUGCUUCAAGUUUUACCACAGGCCGUCACCCAGUUUGAAGAAUUGGUUAGUAUGGCGGAGGCCCUGCUCAAGGGUGGAGGAACCCUGUCCACGUCUGCGUCCACCCUCUGGAGAACAACAAAUAACUCCUCACCAGAUUCAUUUGCCUCCACAUGUAGUAAUUCUAAUUCUAAUUCCAGUUCACCAAUUUCCUUGAAAGCUGAGGAACAGCAUCACACGGAUGAGAAACAGUUCAAGAUUGAAAAAUGGCAGAUUGCCCGUUGCAACAAGAGCAAGCCUCAGAAGUUUAUUAAUGAUUUAAUGCAAGUGCUCUACACAAAUGAAUACAUGGCCACACACAGCCUGACGGGGGCAAAAUCCUCUACUUCAAGGGACAAGGCAGUGAAACCAGCUAUGAAUCAGAAUGAAGUUCAAGAAAUCAUAGGAAUCACAAAACAAUUAUUUCCCAACACAGAUGAUGUUUCAAUUAGGAGAAUGAUAGGGCAAAAGCUAAACAAUUGUACCAAGAAGCCAAAUUUGAGCAAAAAUCUGAACUCUCAGGAUAUUAAGUAGAUCCUUUUGGUAUUAUAGUUACCUGAAACAAAAGAACCUUCAGUUGUAAGUCUUAACGUUGGAUCUUGCUGGAGACUCUGCAGCCUCCCUGGCAGUGAGCACAGGGACAGGUGCAGUGACAGGCUGGGAGAAACCUGUGACAUUGUUGGGCCGCCCUGAUGGAGCACAAGCUUGUGAAGAAGCUGCAUGUAGAUUUCACCCUCAGUACCAGUGACGCAUCAAACCAGAUAAUUUCUAGCAGGCCCAUGAGCAUGCAAUAUGGUUUCUGGGAAAUAUGCACUUUCCUGCCCCAAAGUGGUCCUUUGUACAGCUAACCUAACAGGACAAUCAGAGCUCUUAUCCUAGCAACAAAAACUUUAACCCCUAAGAUUCAUCAUUGUCCUAAUCAAUCCCUGUACGUUUAUUAUUACCAAUGACUCUCCAUUUUAGCUUUUGGAUCUUUAGUAUAAGCACAUGUUUGGAAAAGUAAACAGUGAAAUAAUCAAUGUUCACAAA